GUGAGGGGUGUGCUGGGAGAGAGAGGGCCCCAGGGUGCCAGGCUGCCCCGCGUGGGCACCGUUGCACCCCCUCUCUUCAGUGCUUCCCGCCUGGCCGGGCCAUGCUAGAGAGGGCCAGCUCCCUGCGGGUCGAGUGCGGGCGGGAUGGCUAGGACUAGCCUCUAGGACAGACCCCACCUAGCAGUCGCUUCUCUCCAUCACCCUGUCCAGGUCCCUAGUCUAGGGCUGCUGGGUCCUCCCUCUGCCCCUCCCCUCCUCACCCCCUCCCCAAGUCACAAGUUUUCUCUUUGGGGCUUGUUGCUGCAGUCCCUGCUCCAGUACCGAGUACCUGCUGGGCCCUGGGCACGCAGGGGCCGUAGCCCCACUGUGUGUGGGAGCCAUGAGGAUCCUGGCUAACAAGACAAGGUUGCCCCACCCCAGGAGGAGAGAAGCUCCAGGGAGCCCACCACUGUCCCCCCGUGGCCACUGCCCCCCUGCCCCAUCCAAACCAAUGCACCCAGAAAAUAAGCUGACCAAUCAUGGCAAGACAGGGAAUGGUGGGGCCCAAUCCCAGCACCAGAAUGUGAACCAAGGACCCACCUGCAACCUGGGCUCGAAGGGUGUGGGGGCGGGGAACCAUGGGGCCAAGGCCAACCAGAUUUCACCCAGCAACUCCAGUCUGAAGAACACCCAGGCCCAGGCCGGGGUGCCCCCUUUCAGCUCGCUCAAGGGCAAAGUGAAGAGGGAGCGGAGUGUGUCUGUGGACUCUGGAGAGCAGCGUGAGGCUGGGACGCCCUCCCUGGACUCAGAGGCCAAAGAGGUGGCACCCCGGAGCAAGCGGCGCUGUGUGCUGGAGCGGAAGCAGCCGUACAGCGGAGACGAAUGGUGCUCAGGACCAGACAGCGAGGAGGACGACAAGCCCCUCGGGGCCACCCACAAUUGUAAUGUAGGAGACCCUGCCAUGGCGGCCCCACAGCUGGGUCCCGGCCAGGCUCCCCAGCUUCCCCUCAGUGAGGGCAGUGCCCCAGGCCCCCCGCAUGGGCCCCCAGCAGCCCUGCGGCCAGAUGCCUCCGGGGGCAGUGGUGUCCCCGGAAAGCCUCCCUCACAAUUCGUGUAUGUCUUCACCACCCACCUGGCCAACACGUAAGUGCCUCGCAGACUGCACUAGCUCUCUUUACCCAGCAACCUGGAGCCUGGGGUCCCGCGGGAGUGUCUGUAGGGCCAGGGUUGGUUUGGGUUCGGUUGGUUGGGUCGAGUUGGUUGGGUUGAGUCGGGUUGGGUUGGGUUGGUUGGAUUGGCUUGAGUUGGUUGGGUUGGAUGGUUAGGUCGG